AUGGACCAGCAGCAAUCGCCAAAUACACCAGACAAACCAAUGCGUCGUCAUACAAUCGAUGUUCAUACAUUAUCAAUGCCACCUCGCUACGAUUUUGUUUUACCAUCAUACAGUAGAGAUCGACGUGUAUCAUCAAUAACAACAACUGUACCAUCGUCAACUGUCAUCAAUGAGAAUUCUACAAAUGUUAACAUACCAAUUCCGGAACAAACUGCAUCAUCAUUCGAAAGAGAAGAUAACCAAAAAGAUCAUUAUUCAACUAUACAAGAGCGACAUAUAUCUGGUUCAUCGCAUGAUGAACGUGUUGAACGACAUAAACGAUGGACUCUAAUACUUAUUAAAACAACCCUUAUUUCCAACAUUAUUCUUGUGUUUGGAAAAAUAUUUUCUGCUAUUAUUUCUAAAUCAUUAUCAAUUGCAUCAUCAGCAAUUGAUAGUACAAUCGAUUUAAUGUUAAAUUUUGCUAUUUGGUGGGCGGCUAGAGCUAUAAGAAAACGAAAUCCAUUCCUCUAUCCGCAAGGACGAACUCGACUUGAACCUAUUAUCAUUAUUAUACUUAGUGUUGUCAUGUGUGCUGCUAGUCUUCAAGUUAUUUUAGAAGGAGUUCGUUCAGUUAUUGAAGAUGUUAACUAUUUUCGUAAUGUUAGUGGUUAUGCAUAUGAAAAACCGCCGGUUGAUAUCAAUCCUGCAGCAAUAUCAAUUAUGUGUAUAACGAUUGUCAUUAAAAUUAUAUUGUCUGUAUUAUGUUAUCGAGUUUCGACACCAACAAUGUCAGCACUUGCUGCUGAUCAUCGAAAUGAUGUUGUUGCAACCGUAGUAGCAUUAGUAUUUGGAAUUAUUGGUGCUAUAGUAAUCAGUUUAUAUAUCAUUAUUUGUUGGAUUCCUCAAGUUCGUCUUCAUAUUCGUAAUCUAACUGGUUAUACAGCACCGGCUCAAUUUCUUCAACAAUUAACUUGGAUAGCAUUUCAUCAUUCACCGCUUAUAAGCAAAAUAGAUACAGUACGAGCAUAUCAUUUUGGUACACAUUUUCUUGUUGAAAUAGAUGUUCUUCUUCCUGAUGAUUUACGUCUUGGUGAAGCAGUUCAUGUUGGUAUUGGUCUCGAACAAAAAAUUGAAGCAUUACCAGAUGUUGAACGUGCUUUUGUUCAUUUAAAUUGUGAACCUGCGAGUGCUAAUCAUUGUAGUAGUACUGAUGAUCAAGAUCAUCAGUUAGUUGCUGCUGUCAAUCGACGGCACCACAAGGUUGUUUGA